AUACAAUACGAAUCCGAGACUCUUCGCGUGGAUCUGCUUGAGAGGAGCUUUUCGAAUUCGUGAUCUCGAAAUUUCAGAGUGUUUAUAUACCCGUUUGUGUUUCUGAACGAGGCGAACGAACCAUGUCUAAUUUGUAUGGAGAUUACAACCAAAAGAUCGAUUACGUCUUUAAAGUCGUGCUGAUCGGUGAUUCCGCGGUUGGAAAGACUCAGCUGCUUGCUCGGUUCGCUAGGAACGAGUUUAGCGUCGAUUCUAAAGCAACAAUCGGUGUAGAGUUCCAGACGAAAACGCUCGUCAUCGAUAACAAAACCGUCAAAGCUCAGAUUUGGGAUACGGCUGGCCAAGAAAGAUACCGGGCGGUGACAAGCGCAUACUACCGUGGAGCUGUUGGGGCAAUGUUGGUCUAUGACAUGACGAAACGCCAAUCCUUCGAUCACAUGGCUAAAUGGCUGGAAGAGUUAAGAGGACAUGCGGACAAAAACAUAGUGAUUAUGCUGAUUGGAAACAAAUGUGAUCUUGGAAGCCUAAGAGCAGUGCCAACAGAAGACGCACAAGAGUUUGCACAAAGAGAAAACUUGUUCUUCAUGGAAACAUCUGCACUCGAAGCCACCAAUGUUGAAACCGCGUUUUUGACUAUCUUAACAGAGAUUUAUCGUAUAAUCAGCAAGAAAUCACUAACAGCUGAUGAUGAUGACGCCGAUGGGAAUUCAAGUCUCUUAAAGGGCACUAGGAUUAUCAUUCCGAGCGAGCAGGAGAGUGGUAAAAGAGGUGGAUGUUGCGGCAAAUCGUAA